AGGAGCUUCUGGGACUCUGGGACUGCCACAAUGGUUGUGGCGGCCCUCAUCAUGUCGACUGGAGCUCUAUCCGUUGCCAUGACAGGUGGCCGGGUGCCAGUAUUUGAGAUUGUGAUGAUCCGGAGCGCAGUCAGCCUGAUGCUGACUGUGUCGGUGGUGAGGGCGGAGAAGUGGACGUCCUAUCUUGGCACCAAGCGCCUGUGGCCGAUUCUGGCCAUGCGAGGCUUUGUUGGUGCUACCAGCAUGACGCUGUACUAUGAGGCCAUUCAAAGGAUGCCACUGGCCGAUGCGAUCACAAUCAUGUACAGCAAUCCUGUGCUGGUGGCGCUGUUGGCCUGGGCGCUGCGUGGGGAGGUGCUCAGUGCGCGCGGCUGCGUGGGGAUUGCCGUGACACUCAUGGGUGUCAUUGUUGUUGCUCAGCCGCCCUUCCUCUUCGGAGGCCAUGAGUGGUCACAGACGCGCAUGGCCGCCCUGCUCAGACAUGGCAAAAAUGGCAUGCAAUUGAGCAUUGUGCCUACUGCAUGGUUUCCUGCAUUUGUCGCGUGGUGUUGGAACGGUCUAUCUGACUGGGGAUAUGGGUUUGCUACAGGCUUUGUGAUGGGCGUGCUGGCAGCAGCCACUGCAGCAGUGGCAUUCUUUGUCAUCACCUGCAUACCAAAGACCGAGCCUGCCCUUGUCGUCUCCCUCUGGUUCCAUGGCGCGGCCAUUGUGAUGUCCAUCGUCCCUCUCAUUGUGGGCUACCCGGACAAAGUUGUGGUCCCUGGUUCCUUUGACUGUGGCAUGCUUUGCAUCAUCAUCUUGUCAUCAUUCUUUGGGCAGAUGCUCCUGAACCACAGCUUCCAGAUCCAGAAUGCUGCCAAAGGCUCCUCCAUCAACUGCACCCAG